CCGGCCUGUUGUCUCGGGAAGGACUCGCUAGAAAGAACAGAAAUACAAAACCGUUAAAUGUCACCAUACACUUACUUGACUGCUGUGCAUUUUCCCUUUCAGGGUGAAGCAAAAUGAAGAUUUUUUCGGAGUCUCAUAAAACCGUGUUUGUGGUGGAUCACUGCCCAUACAUGGCAGAAUCCUGCAGACAGCAUGUGGAGUUCGAUAUGCUGGUGAAGAACAGGACCCAGGGAAUCAUCCCUCUGGCCCCCAUCUCUAAAUCAUUGUGGACUUGCUCAGUCGAAUCAUCCAUGGAAUAUUGUAGAAUAAUGUAUGAUAUAUUUCCUUUCAAAAAGCUGGUGAAUUUCAUUGUGAGUGACUCAGGAGCUCAUGUGUUAAAUUCUUGGACUCAAGAAGACCAAAAUUUGCAAGAGCUGAUGGCCGCGUUAGCCGGUGUCGGGCCCCCCAACCCUCGGGCAGACCCCGAAUGCUGCAGUAUCCUGCACGGACUUGUGGCCGCUGUGGAGACGCUUUGUAAAAUCACAGAGUACCAGCAUGAGGCUCGCACCCAGCUCAUGGAGAAUGCAGAACGGGUAGGAAACCGAGGACGGAUCAUCUGCAUCACGAAUGCAAAGAGUGAUAGCCAUGUGCGAAUGCUGGAGGACUGUGUCCAGGAGACAAUCCAUGAGCACAACAAGCUGGCGGCAAAUUCGGAUCAUCACACCCGGCAAUGCUCAGGGCUUCCUCCUGACUCUGCACUCAGGAAUCACUCCUGGUGGGGCUCGGGGGACCAUAUGGGAUGCCGGAGAUUGAACCCGGGUCGGCCGUGUGCAAGUCUCAUGCAGAUCCAGAAGUGUGAGCUGGUCCUGAUCCACACCUACCCCGUCGGCGAGGACAGCCUCGUGUCUGACCGGCCUAAGAAGGAGUUGUCUCCAGUUCUCACCAGCGAGGUCCACAGCGUUCGUGCAGGACGGCAUUUGGCUACCAAGUUAAAUAUUCUAGUCCAGCAGCAUUUCGACUUGGCGUCAACAACAAUUACAAAUAUUCCGAUGAAGGAAGAACAGCACGCGAACACGUCUGCCAAUUACGACGUGGAGCUUCUCCACCACAAGGACGCACACGUGGAUUUCUUGAAAAGUGGUGACUCCCACGUCGGUGGUAGCAGCAGAGAAGGCUCCUUUAAGGAGACCAUCACACUGAAGUGGUGCACCCCGAGGACGAACAACAUCGAGCUGCACUACUGCACGGGCGCCUACCGCAUCUCCCCCGUGGACGUCAACAGCAGGCCUUCCUCCUGCCUCACCAACUUCCUGCUGAACGGCCGCUCGGUCCUGUUGGAGCAGCCACGGAAGUCAGGCUCCAAAGUCAUCAGCCACAUGCUCAGUAGCCACGGAGGAGAGAUUUUCCUGCACGUCCUCAGCAGCUCUCGGUCCAUUCUGGAGGACCCCCCUUCGAUCAGCGAGGGGUGUGGCGGGAGAGUGACGGACUACCGCAUCACAGAUUUUGGUGAAUUUAUGAGGGAAAACAGAUUAACUCCUUUUCUAGACCCCAGAUAUAAAAUCGACGGAAGUCUUGAGAUCCCUUUGGAACGAGCGAAAGAUCAAUUAGAAAAACACACGCGUUACUGGCCCAUGAUCAUCUCACAAACCACCAUUUUUAACAUGCAAGCGGUGGUUCCGUUAGCCAGUGUCAUUGUGAAAGAGUCUCUGACAGAGGAGGACGUGCUGAACUGUCAGAAAACAAUAUACAACCUGGUGGACAUGGAGAGGAAGAACGACCCUCUGCCCAUCUCCACGGUCGGCACGCGAGGAAAAGGCCCCAAGAGGGACGAGCAGUACCGGAUCAUGUGGAACGAGCUGGAGACCCUCGUCAGGGCCCACACCAGCAACUCGGAGAAGCACCAGAGAGUCCUGGAGUGCCUGAUGGCGUGUCGGAGCAAACCCCCCGAGGAGGAAGAGCGGAAGAAGCGCGGGAGGAAGAGGGAGGACAAAGAGGACAAGUCCGAGAAGGCCAUGAAGGACUACGAGCAGGAGAAGCCCUGGCAGGACUCGGAGAGGCUGAAAGGAAUCCUGGAACGCGGCAAGGAGGAGUUGGCUGAAGCCGAGAUCAUAAAGGAUUCUCCCGACUCCCCAGAACCUCCAAACAAAAAGCCCCUCCUGGAGGUGGACGAGACCCCGCCCACAGAGAAGGCCAAAGGCCCCGUGUCCCUGCUGGCUCUGUGGAGUGGCCGGAUCAACGCCGCCAAUUCCAGGAAGCACCAGGAGUUCGCCGGCCGCCUGAACUCUGUCAACAACAGAGCGGAAUUGUACCAGCACCUGAAAGAGGAGAAUGGGACGGAGCCGGCAGAGAGCGGGAAGGCCAGCCGGCAGUGAGCUCGGGGACGUGCCGAGGGCCGGGCAGCCUGGAGUGAGGAUUCUGCAGUGACGUGGCCGGGACUGGUUUUUACAUUUUUAAAUAUUUCCACAGACUCUAUCUUUUUCUACCGUAAGAUUGGCACAUAUGUCGGAGCUAUACCCCGAGAUCUGUCUUCUUCAGAUCACACAAAUUUAUUUUACGGUAAAGGAUGUUCCCUCUGGAAAUUUUUUUUUUAAGUUCUUAUACUUCUCUUUGCCAAAUAAAACUAUGAAAAAUAUCUGAAAGGGGGGAAACACCAGAGUAUUCCUUUAGGAAAUACAUUGUUCACUUAAGGACUGGCAACUUCAGGAAAGUAAAAAUAUUUUUUCCAGAAUUAAGA